AUGGAGCAGGCCACCAACAACUGGUCGAAAGCCAACCUGCUGGGGUCGGGGGGCUUCGGGGACGUGAGUGAGAUGGCGUCGAAGCACCACCCCAACUUGGUGCGGCUGCUGGGCUACGCCACGUGUGGGGACCUGCGGGAGCGCAUCGAGCAGAUCCUCGUGUAUGAGUUCAUCCCCAAUGGGGACCUCGACAAGUGGCUUAGCAAAGUGCCACAGCCCCCCCCCCGCCCUCGUACCAUCCCUCCAUUUCCAUGUGCAUUGUGUGGCUGUGCAAACGCGCCCUCACCCCUGACGCUGGAGCAGCGGUUGGGCGUCAUAGUGGGAGCAGCGCGUGGGUUUGAUUACUUGCAUGGCUUUGACAUCGUGCACCGAGACAUCAAGCCUGCCAACAUCCUGCUGGAUACCAACAUGCAGCCCAAGGUGGCGGAUUUUGGUCUCGUGCGAGUGGAGGGGGGCAGCACCGUGCAAGCCACGCAGGUGAUGGGCACACCGGGCUAUGUCGACCCGGCUUAUUCUCACACGCAGAAGGCCACUACUGCGACUGAUGUGUAUAGUUUUGGAAUUCUGAUGCUGGUAAUGCUCACGGGCAGGCGUGUGACCUUUGAAGCGGACAGCCGCUCAUGGAACAUCCUUGACUGGGUUCAGGAGAAGCUGUGCGAGGGGUCAGUGGAAGAGAUUGCAGAUCCCCGCAUGGGCCCUGUUCCCCCACACGCCCUGCAGCGUAUGGCAGACCUGGCGGUACGCUGCUGUGCCACCUUCACUGCCGACCGGCCCUCCAUGGGGCGCAUUGCCCAGGAGAUGGAUGUGCUGCGUGCUGAGGUGUGCGGUGGAGAGGAGCAGGUGCACAAGGCUUACAUGAAGGUGGAUGCUGAACUCCAGGAGAAGAUGCAGUAUCAGAGUCAGAUUAGCGAGGACAGUUUGAACGAUGCCCUUGCCUCAAUAUCGUAG